AUGCAUCAGUCUCUGGACCAAAACUCCUCCUUCACCUCCUGCGGCACGUCCCGCUCCUCAGACGCUUCCUCUUCCUCCUCCGUCACCUACAGCUCCACCUCCCUGAUCCUCAUCUCCACAGCAACCGCAUCCCUCAGCCUCAUCACUGUCAUCGGCAACACGCUGGUCCUGCUGUCAAUCAAAGUCAACCGACGUCUCCGAACCGUCAACAACUACUUCCUCCUCAGCUUGGCCAUCGCGGACCUCAUCAUUGGACUUUUUUGCAUGAAUAUGUCUUCUUUGCACCUGCUGUUGGGACACUGGCCACUAGGGGGAGCGGUGUGUGACUUGUGGUUAGUUUUGGACUACGCCCUCAGCAGCGCGUCGGUCAUGAACUUGCUAAUCAUCAGUUUGGAUAGGUACUUCUGUGUGACACGACCACUAAGUUAUCCAACAUGGCGGACGGGGAAGAUGGCGGCGGCGAUGAUCGGCUCGGCGUGGGUUUUGUCGUUUACAUUGUGGACGCCACCGAUUUUGUGCUGGCAACGGAACGGCGGGCAAAGAGUCGUGCCCGAAGACGAUUGCUACAUCCAGUUGUUAGUAAGUCCUGCGGUGACACUAGGGACCACGGUGCCUUCUUUCUACCUCCCGGCUCUGGCCAUGGUGGGGCUGUACUGGAGAGUGUCGGCACACAGUCGGAGUCGUUUGGUCGGGGCGGGUUCGGGGCAUAGUGGGGGGUGUAGUGGUGAGGGAAGCGGGAGGAGGUUUUCAAGUCCGUCGUUUAAAGAUGUAAAUGCUGCCAAGAGGAACAGGAGCUGGAGUAGUGAGCCGGAGAUCAGGUCGGAGGCGUCGCAGACCGUCAACCAAUCAGAAGCCAGCACGCCCAAACAUGGACGCAACAGGAUGUUGAUGAGUCCAGUUGACUCGUCUCCCUCCCACGUCUCUGACCUGAACCGCAUGGACCCAGAGUGCAGCAGCACCAUGGACCUCCACAGGGUGGCUUCAGCUCUGUUCAGCCGCUCAUGCCCCAGCCUCAGGUCCACAGAUCGCAGACACAGACGGGUUCUGGCCCGAGAGCAGCGUGUUACUCGGACCAUCUUCUCCAUCUUACUGGCCUUUAUCAUCACAUGGACCCCGUACAACGUGAUGGCUCUGGUGGCAGCCUUCUGUCACACGUGCAUCCCCAGGCAGCUGUGGCGCCUCGGCUGCUGGCUCUGCUACGUCAACUCUGCCAUGAACCCGUGCUGCUACGCCCUGUGCAACCACCGCUUCAGGAAGACCUACUUCAGCCUGCUCAGGUGCAAAGGCAGGAAGGACAGAUAAUUAUAGGCCUACUUAAACCUGCUUUAGACCUGCAUUAGACCUGGGUUAGGACUGUGUUAGACCUGCGUUAGGCCUGUUUUAAACUGGAUUGAGUCCUGGUUUAAAUCUGCAACACACUUUGCAACCACCACCCUCUUCAACCUGUCCCAGUGCAAAGACAGAUGAUUAUAGGCCAGUUCCUGUUUAGACUUGGUUUAGACUCUGUUUAGACUCAGUUUACACCUGGUUUAGACCUGGUUUAGACCUGAUUUAGACCUGGUUUAUUCCUUAUUUAGUCCUGGUUUAGUCUUGCCUUAGACCUGAUUGAGUUUUACUGCACAAACCUCAGUUCUUCUUCAAUCAAAAACGUUAAUCUGUAAAGAGCACAGCAGAGCUACACUUUGCUGCCACCUUCUGGUCCAGAUACACCAGAUUCACAUAUUGCUCUUCAAAUUUGUAAAAUAUAAAUUUUUCAUUACAUUUUUUGUUAAAGGUUCAUUAGUAACUUUUUUUGUUUUUUUGUAAGAAUUGCUUCACCUACUCAUCUCUUUGUUAUUGCUUUGCCUAGAAUGUUCCACAGUAUGGCAUUAAACACCCAUUUAUUUCAGUAGAAGUGCAUUUGCUCAGAAAUACAAAUAAAACAUGUAUUCUGACUCUGAGUGCAGUCUCCACUCCACAGCUCUUACCUGUAAUUUGGCCAAGCACUGUUACUUGCUUGUCUCCACUGAGAUACAUAAUGCCAUACCGUGGAACAAUCUCCAAUAAUCCAGAACCUUAAACUUUACAGAGUGACUCUUCAAAGUGCAUGUGACAAGUUUUCAUGUUUUUCUAAUUCUGACUGGUUUGGUGCGAUAGAACCUUUGGUCAGUAUUUAUUCUAGGUUUCUCUGUUCCACCUUGUGAUGUCAUGUAGUGGCAGUUUUCAAGUAAACAGCUACCUUUAUACCUUUAGUUCAGUAGAGAUGAACAAUUCCAGGUCUGAAAUGAUCCAAAUGAUUCUAGUUGUAGUAGUAGGUGUUUGGAGUUUUAAAACACAGUGGAGCACUUCCUGUAUUACCACAUGAUGUCACAUCACAAAGUGUAACAGAGUGUUUUCAAUUCAAGGGAAGAACAAAAUAUGCAGGAUUUGUGUGUUAAACAUGUGUGAAUGAAACAAAACACAACUCCAGGUCUGUAAAUGAUGAGGAAAUCAGAAAAUGUAAAAAUGAUGGUAAUUACUUUUUCAUUACACUCAUACAGUCAUAUGCACUUUCAAGGAAAAUUCCCUAUAUUAAGAGAACACACCCAGCAUUUUUUUGCUCUGUGUCCAGGUUAUAAACAAAGCUGAAGUUUAAAUAUUAACCAAAUAAGACAAAGAGUGACUGUAAAAACACAUAUAAAGUUAAC